AUGGCACAAAAGAAACAAACUUCUAUUUCGUAUUUUAUGAAAAUAUCGAACUGUCGUAGUCAACCCGAUUCUAAGCAGGACAUUUCCUCAUGUAUUACGUCUGAAUUAGAAGAUACGUCACAUUCAUUAUCAUCCCCGUCCAAAAAGCGAGCACAUUCUUCUAUGAUUUCUUCAAUUAAAAAUACAGAUGAUUCAACCCCAAUAUCAGAUCUCGUCUCAAAAUCUAUUGUUGCUGAUUCUACUAAUUUUAUGAAUGUAUAUGAUAUAGGAUUUUAUAUAAACCGUACAUUAUCACAAAAUGAAAUAUCUGAUAUUAUGAAUAAUCUAUGGGUGCCAGAUAUCAACUACAAAUUUCCAAUAAAAAUGUAUAUGAAAAAAAACAAGCAAAUAAAUUUAAAGUUUCAAUAUUCGUGGCUUCUGAAGUAUCCAUGGCUAUGUUAUUCCGAAAAAGCUUUUUGUAAAUUUUGUGUAGCAUUCGUUAAGUCUGGUGUUGGAUAUAACUCAAAAAAGCCAAAUUCUUUUGUAGUGACUAAAUUCGAUAACUGGAGGAAAGCACUGGAAGGAUUUCAAAACCAUAGUAUGAAAAAUCGCGAACUUUUAACUCCGAUAAUCGAAGCAAUCAUUUUAUGUGGCAGGCAGAAUAUAGCAAUUAGAGGACACAGAGAUUCCGGUAAAUUAAUGAUCGACCAAACUGAUGACGAAUAUGAAAACAAUGAAGGGAAUUUUCGGGAAAUUUUACGGUAUAGGGCUCGAGGUGAUGAGCAGCUUAAAUUAUUUUUAGAAAGUAAUGGACAUUUAAAAUACACAAGUGCGACGAUUCAAAACGAAAUCAUCGAAUCGUGUAACCAAAUUUUAUUGAAACGAAUUGUGAGUAGAGUGAACUCUGCUCAAUGUUUUUCAAUACUCGCCGAUGAAACAGCUGACAUUGCGAACAUCGAACAAGUAGCAUUGUGUGCAAGAUACUUCGAUAAAAAAAAUAUGAUAUUAAAAGAAGAGUUUAUUCAAUUUAUACCUACGUUUGAUACGACCGGAAAAGGUUUAGCAUCAUUAAUGUUAGAAAGCUUGCACAAUUUUGGUAUAGAAACAAAGUACAUGCGAGGACAAGGUUAUGACGGCGCGGCAGCAAUGUCAGGAGAAUUUAACGGCGUUCAAGCCAUAAUUCGUAAGACUCAUUCUCAAGCUCUUUAUGUGCAUUGUUCCGCACAUGUCCUUAACUUAGCUGUUUCAAACUCCUGCAAAGUACAGGAAAUAAGAAAUUGUUUGGGGACCAUUUCUAAAGCUCGGGAUUUUUUCAAUUUUCCUAAAAGAAAAGAUGUUUUAAAAACUCAAAUUGAAAAUAGUGAUGAAAAAAUCUCAAAAAAUCAUUAA